AUUAGAAGUGAUGUCGUGUCAAUUAUAAAUAUUAUUAUUAUAAUAAAUUCUAAGAAAAACCAAGAUUAGGUUUAGUUCUUCCCCCAAAUACACAAACAAUCACUCAAUCGGAAACAAGAUUAUCAUCUAAAACACCAAUUUUACACUUUUUCAUCUGAAUCUGUCGGUAGAUUCCUCUUAAUCCAUUCAAUUUCGCUUUUUUGUGGCCCAUUAACAUUUUAGGGUUUCCCGCACACUUAACAUAUUGAAAAGAACACACACAUAGCUUCAAAGGGGCAUGAGGUUUGGAAUUGGUGAAUUUUGGUGAAUUCAGGUGGGGAGGGUAAGUGAGAAUUGAGAAGAUGACGGAUGUUCGGUUACAACGGUUACAGAAGCCGGAGAGUACGACGGAUGCGUGUUCGGAAUACGAGAGGGAUGGUGAUUUUGAGAGGGGGUUGGAAGAGUUGAUGAGGGGGCAGUUGGAUGAUUGUAUGUCGUUUGAAUCGUGCAGUUCGCCGAGGAAUGAUGAAGAUGAGGAUGAGAGUGAAGGUGGUGGUGAUUUGGUGGUGAGGAGGAGGAGGAGGUCGGAUCUCGAAGGCGAUGAUCUAGCGGAGACGUCUGCGGCGAGAAGACGACAGUCGCGGAUUUUGAGCAGGUGGGUUGCUCGACAAGCGCAGGAGAUGAUCACCACGAGAGAGCGGAGGACUCGGGAGAAUGAGUUGAUGGCGCUUGCUGGCUUGCACACGGUUUCCAUGCUCGAUUCUUCGUUCUUGCGGGAAUCUCCGUCGCAGUCACCUACUUCUAGGAGACAGGGGAAUGUUGAGAGACCGAGCUCCCGUGCGUCGUCUAUUUUGCAGAUGUGGCGGGAAUUGGAAGACGAGCAUGUGUUGAAUCGGGCACGCGAAAGAGUUAGAGAAAGACUCCGGCAACAGAGCGGUGUGGACUCGACUAUGUCGGAAAGCCGAGCAAGUGAGCGCGGGAGUGAAAACGAUUACGGGGAUUGGUCCAAUGAUCAAAUGGAAGCACAAAACGAGAGUCAAGAAAACGACGCUUCUAACCGUGAGCAGUCUCCUGAUUCAGUUGAGCUUGAUGUUGAACGAGAGAGGGAGAGAGUGAGGCUUAUAGUUCAAGGAUGGAGGGAAACCGGUGUCGCAGAACAUUCAUCUAGUGUUCCUGAGCGAAGUGGUAGCUCACGAGCUGAGUGGCUCGGUGAAACAGAGCGCGAAAGGGUUCGGAUUGUGAGGGAGUGGGUUCAAAUGACUAGCCAACAAAGGGGGUCUCGUGGCAGUCAUGAUCAAAGUCAAGAUAGGACAGGUGGAGACCAGGAUGAAGGUCAACCCGAGCAUAUUAGACGGGAUAUGUUGCGGUUGCGUGGGAGACAAGCUUUACUUGAUCUACUUGUUAGGGCCGAGCGGGAACGCCAAAGAGAACUUCAGGGCUUAACGGAGCACCGUGCUGUUUCUGAUUUUGCUCAUAGAAACCGUAUUCAGUCGUUACUGAGAGGCAGAUUCUUAAGAAACGAAAGGCCCGUUGAGGAAGAGCGGCUUCCAUCAGUAGCAGCAAGUGAGUUAGUCCAGCUGAGACAACGCCACACCGUCUCUGGUCUCAGGGAAGGGUUUCGGUCUAGGCUAGAAACCAUUGUUCGUGGUCAAGCAAGCAGUCAACCUGAAAAUUCAUCCGACAACACCACCACGACCACCACCACUGAUUUUAGAACCGAUGGGACUCAUGCAAACACUCCACAACAGAUUGAGUAUGAAAAUACGGAGCAAGCUCAAUCAUCGGUUCAAGAAAACAACAUUCAUCAGGUUUCAAACCAUACGGGGAGUUCGGAACCGGGUGCAACCGUUCAAGUUCCAAAUCAGCAAGCCAGCAUUGACGGAGAAGAUUGGCAGGACCAUGCUUCAGAAGACAUUGAUCAUAAUUGGCAAGAAAGUUCAGGUAAUGAUUGGGUACAAGAAACCUCAGGGACUGAACCGGCUGGAACACGUGAACCGGCUGAAACUUGGUCUGAUGGACCUUCUGAACCGCUAAGAACCACCCGACAAACCGUUCCUACCAGGAGAGCCAACAGAUUUCACGCACCGGAAGAUGAUAACGUGUAUAGUAUGGAAUUAAGAGAACUUUUAAGCAGGAGAAGUGUUUCUAAUCUUCUUAGAAGCGGAUUCCGUGAGAGUUUGGACCAGUUAAUUCAAUCAUAUGUCGAAAGACAAGGUAGCGGUCCCGUUGAUUGGGAUCUACACCGAAACUUACCCACCCCAACAUCGCCAGAGGGCGGCCAAGAACCGCAUGAAGCCAUUGAUAGACCGUCACUAGCUGCACCAUCUCCGCCAGUACCGCCACCACAACCGAUGUGGCACCAUGAUAUCCCACAUUCUAGUUGGUCUCGUCACAGUAUUCAUCGUUCUGAACUUGAAUGGGAGAUGAUUAAUGACUUGAGGGCUGACAUGACGAGGCUCCAGCAAGGCAUGAGUCAUAUGCAGAGGAUGCUUGAGGCUUGCAUGGAUAUGCAACUUGAGUUACAACGUUCGGUUAGACAAGAAGUCUCUGCUGCUUUGAAUCGGACCAGUGGUGGACAAGGUGUUGAUGCAACAACUUCUGAAGAUGGAUGCAAAUGGGUUCAUGUCAAAAAGGGAACGUGUUGCGUCUGUUGCGAUAGUCAAAUUGACUCGCUACUGUACAGAUGUGGCCACAUGUGCACGUGCUCAAAGUGCGCAAACGAGUUGGUUCGUGGAGGAGGGAAAUGCCCCUUGUGCCGGGCCCCUAUCGUUGAGGUAAUCCGAGCUUACUCCAUAUUGUAAAAAGUUACAAGUCGGGCCGAGGUAGAAAAUUUCCAUCAUCUACUGCCGCUCACACGAAGUCUCGUAUAAUCAUAUGUAUAGUGUUUUUCAUUUUCUGAUAAAGAUAUGCUUUGUAUAAACGAAGGACAGUUGGUGCGUUACGAUUGGUCGUAAAUAAAGUUCCCAAGGAAUUAAAAUUUAUAAUUUAAAUUUGAGUUGAUUUAAUUGAA